AUUAUCAUGCAGAUUUGAGAAGGUUUUUAGUCAAUAUGACUACUGCAUCGUAAGCUUAUUACACAAUAACUUUGUCUUUGUCUGGCGCUGGAUACAUCCAUGUAGCGGAAGAUGGUGCUUGUAAUAUUGCACUAAUCGGGAUUUGAAAAGGCUCAGAGGCUCAGUAAUGAAUAGCUGAAUAGAUAGAGCAUAUAACUUGGAUACAACCAUGCUUACUGAAGACGUGUCUAUUGCUAUUCUUGGAAUCAUUUUAUCAGCGAUUGCAAUUCUUGGAAACUUGUUAGUUAUCUUUAUAAUAACUCGUCAUAAAUCCAUGCAAACCGCGAUGAACUAUCUUCUAGCUAACCUCGCCGUAAUGGACGCAAUGACCGGGCUCUUUACUAUUCCUAAUGUCAUUAUGGAGCGAACUUUCUCCGGGGACAGAACGCUUCUCGCAGUGAUAGUGAACUCGACAAGCAAAUCCACCGGAGACAUCUUGUGCAAAGUGAAAGGUACUGUGUGGACUAGUUCGGCUGGUUCACCUGCUUUUCUUGUUUUUAUUGCGUUCGAGAGGUAUAUGGCGGUGAUCCACCCCUUCUCUAGACGUGGUGGCAUCACUAAACGAAGACUUUACUGGAUAACUCCAUGUUGUUACAUACUGUCUUUGUUGAACGCGACUCCUUUUUUCAUUAUGGUAGAAUAUCAACCGGAUCUGGAAAAAUGUUAUGAGUCUCCAUCCUCGGCAAUCGAUGCACGCUACUAUUCCCUGGUGUGUUUUUCCCUCUUAUUUAUCAUCCCUUCAAUCGUGAUGCUAUUCCUUUAUACAUCAGUUAUCAGAACGAUAAAAAAGAGACAAAGACUUCACUCGCGAGAUAUUUCAUGUUUCACUACGGCACGGAUAAAAGCUAACAGAGACGUUCUUCGGGUAGUGUUUGUAAUAACUAUACUCUUUAUAGUUUGUUGGGGUUUCAUAUACAAUAUAUACUUCAUUGGGCAUUUUUUUGACGAUAUCACGCUAUGGAACUCAUUCUAUGAGUGCAGUAUUUUAGCUGCUUGCCUCAACUCUGCCGCCAACCCCGUGCUGUAUUGCUAUUUCAUCAAAGGAUUUCGCGAUAAUUUCCUGGACUUUUUCCGGUGCUGGUGCUGCGAGACCAAGCCUUCAAGCGUGUCAGUGAAUCUGAAUGACAAUGCUGCGAGCUGUGAUGCCAAUACUGUUACAUUGGUCAACAUUCGCCCGCAAUGUCAGACUUAAGCGCGAGCUCAUAGCAGACAAACGCAACGAAGUCUGUUUAGGAUGCAAGCCCAACAAUUUAGUAACCUAAAAAUGCAACAGCCGGUUUUAGGACGCAUGUGCAACAAAGUAGUUUUAUAAAGCGAGCAGAAAAUGCAAUUGUAAAACGCAGCUAGGUUUGUUAAGGAAGCAAGCGGAAAACUUUUCUACUUUUGAAAUACAACACAUCAAAGAUAGCCACUUAUUUGCUUAUUGUUGCGAAAAAAAUCAAAAUUCUAGAUUGAAAGAUGUAAUCAUCGCUAAAAGCAUUAAUAAUUGAUAACAGUUAGCAUGCAUAUUAUCGACGAGGAGGUAAAAUUUGUCAGUGUAAAAACAGCGCCAUAUGUUCCAGUUAUUCCACGUCCAUCUUCUUCCGACGAUAAAAAAAUUUAACUGUUUUCCAUCGCACCUUACAAGCCAAUUCCAUCUGCUAGAGGCUAUUUAGUGCUCAAAUAACGCUAUAUAGAUUGGUAAGUGAUUUCUUUUGUAUCUGCGCUUCCAUUAUUUUAUCUUUCUAAAGCUUACUAUCCC